AUGGAACAACCAGGGCCCAUUGCCGACAUUGCUAAGCCUGGCAUCAAAGCGCCGCGCGAUCUGGCCAUUUCUCUGCGAGAAGAAGUUGCCCGGAUUCUAGGGAGGAGUUCUAUUGGCUUCCCCGGAGCACAACCUGUUAGCUUUGCUCGCAAGCAUCUAGAGGAACUACGAAGAGAAGACUACUAUGUCUGCGAAAAAUCCGACGGUAUUCGCUACCUCCUCUACCUCACGGUUGACGAAGAAGGGCAAGAAGUCCAAUACCUGAUCGAUCGCAAAAACGACUACUGGUUCCUCCCCCGCAACAGCAUGCACUUCCCCAUGCCCAACGACAUCCAAGCAUUCCACCGGGGCACCAUCAUCGACGGCGAGCUGGUAAUGGACACAGUCCCCGGCACGAACGGUCGAAAAGAACCGCGCUUCCUCGUCUUCGACCUACUCGCGCUCGACGACAAGGCCGAGCUCCUAAACAAACCCCUCGACAAGCGCCUCGGCUACUUCAGCGCCUACGUAUACGAACCCUACAAGAAGCUCCUCCAACAGUUUCCCCAGGAAAUCCCCUUUAUGGCCUUCAAGGUGGAGAUGAAGCGCAUGGAACUGUCGUACGGCAUCGAGACCAUGUUCCGCGAAGUAAUACCGGCCCUGAAACACGACAGCGACGGCCUCAUCUUCACGUGUCGCACCACCCCUUACCACUUCGGCACCGACCCGCACAUUCUCAAAUGGAAAGCGCCACACGAAAACACGCUGGACUUCCGCAUGCGCCUUAACUUCCCACUGGUACAAGCCACCGAAGCAGAACUUGACGAGGGCUUCCCCGAGCAAUUCACCGACUACGAUUCCGUCCCGCAAGCGGAACUACACAUCUUCUGCGGCAACGACGGACCAGGCGGCAGUAAAUACGAGCUCUUUCCCGACCCGCUUUAUAUCGCCGAGGACGAGUGGGAGACGCUCAAGGCGCUGGGCGACCCGUUGCAGGACCGCGUGGUGGAGUGCUGUCUGGAUGCCGAAAACCGGUGGCGGCUGUUUAGGUUCCGCGACGACAAGAAUGAGGCGAAUCAUACGAGUACCGUCACGAGCGUCAUGGCGAGUAUAAGGGAUGGCGUGUCGGAUCAGGAACUCCUCAGCGCGGCGACGGCGAUUAAGGAGAGCUGGAAGAUACGCGCGCAGAAGAGGAAGGAGCAGCAGCAGCAGCAGCAGCCUAAGCACUGA